GUGAAUUUUUCCUAUUAACAUUUUGUUUCAUAACUUAAUUUCGUAACAAUUUUUCAUAGGCACGGGAAUUUCCCUAAAUGUCAACGUGUUCAGUGGAUAUAAAUUUUUAGUUAUAGAUCAGUUUUUUAUUGAGUCAAAUUCAGUGAAUACUAAAAAUGGGGAGAGGAGGAGGAAAGAAAAAAGGGGGGAAGAAGAAGGAGGCUGAGGAGGUAGUACCAGUCAGUGAGACACCUUCUACUUCUGAAAAUCUACCAGAGGAAACAACUAAACCUCCAGAACCCGAAGAUGAAGAUGUGGGGUUAGGUUUAGAGAGUAAAAAACGACAACGAAAAAAGAAAAAAGAGGCUGCAUCUGCAGUUGCUAAACCAGCAUCCUCAUCACUACCUUCUGUACAAGAAAGUGAAUCAAUAACAGUACACCAAACUGAACAAUUAAUGGGCUCAUUGACUUUGGGCGAAACACCAUCUACUUCAGGCUUUCUACCUACAGCUGGAACGUCUACGAAACCUCCAGAACCUGAUGACCAUGAUACAGGUUUAGGAUUAGGAGGUAAAAAACUUCAACGAAAAAAAAUAGACACUGCACCUGCAGUGACUCCGACUGAAACAACAUCUGUACCUACAGCAGGUACAAUACAAUCACAAAUGCAACAUCCAGCUCAACCGAGUCGGUUCAAAAUACCACCUAAAAUUAUUAGCAAACAACCAACUGUAUAUUCUAAACCAACUAAAGUAUUGACAAAUUACCUCAAAAUGAAUAUGGAGCCUCGAAAAAUUCACCGCUAUGACGUGUCAUUUAAACCAGACCGAGUGAAAAAGUUGAUUCCCAAAGCGUUUGCUCUAGCUAAAACUUUACUUUUUCCAAAAGCUUUUAUUGCUUUUGAUCAAAUGAAGAAUUGUUAUACCCUGGAUCCACUACCAGGUGUACCAGAAAAUGACCGCUUAAUUACUAAGGUGGAGGUAGUCGAUAACAAUGGAAGAAACGUACCCUUUGACGUAUCUUUCAAACAUACAGGAAUUGUUGACUUGGGAAGAAUAGUGACUUAUAUAAAAACGGGAGGUACUUCAUUGAAUCCGCCUACUGAAGCUAUACAAUGCAUCGACGUUAUAUUAAGGCAGGGUACCUUAGAGUCCUACGUUAAGUGCGGCCGUCAAUUUUACAAGCGUCCUCCGGCGCCAAUUGACCUAACAGGUGGUCUCGAGAUGUGGACCGGAUUAUUCCAGUCGGCUAUAUUUACAAGCAGACCUUUUAUAAACGUAGAUGUUGUCCAUAAAGGGUUUCCAAAAUGCCAAUCCUUGUUAACCACAUUCACGAAGGACUUUGGAUUAGAUCCAACCCAGAAUUUGCAGCAGAGAAAUUGGAAUACUUCUGCAUUUCAAGAUUUUCUUAAAGGCCUAAGGGUGAUCGCCGCAAUAGGUGGGGACACGUCAUCCGGCGGACAGAGGCGAGAAUUCAUUUGCAACGGCGCAGUGGGCCCCGCUAAUCAGGAAAAAUUUGAUUACACCGACCCUAAUACUGGGAGACAACAAAAAAUCACAGUUGCCGAUUUCUUCACUAAAAUCAAAGGGUGCAGAAUCAAAUAUCCAAAUCUAAAUUGUAUUUGGGUAGGCCCGAGGGAUAAGACAAUUUACUAUCCCAUGGAGUUACUGGAAGUAGCCUACGGACAGGUUAAUAGUAAACAGCUUAAUGAAAGGCAAUUAGCGACGAUGGUAAAGGAGGCGGCAACGCCGCCAGACGAUCGCAAACGUAAAAUUGAGGACGUGAUAAGAGCCAUGAAUUAUUCCAAAAAUGAAAACUUCAAGAAGUUUGGAUUAACAAUAGAUGACCAAUUCCAUUUAGUGGAUGCUAAGGUACUUGCGCCUCCUCAAUUGGAGGUCGCCCCUGGAAGAACAGUCACACCCAGAUUAGGAGUAUGGCAAACAAAUGGCCUUUUGAAACCGGAGCCUUUGCGAUCAUGGGGAUUCAUAGCAAUAGAUACGGCGCCCACUUGUGAUUUUCAAAAUAUUAUAUCAUUGAUGAUGAAAAUGGCGGGAGAAAUGGGCAUGUCCGCCUCAAGGCCUGAUAUGACGUAUUUCAAUGCAACAAUGAGAGAUUUUGAAAAUAUUCUUUUCAACGCUUUGAAAAAAGGCAUUAAGUUCUUAUUUGUGAUAGUAGGAACACGUGCGCGUGACUUAUAUCAUAAGGUCAAGAGAACUGCGGAACGAGAUAUCGGUAUUUUAACACAAUGCAUAAAAGAAGUUACAGCUGCUCGUCGUAUGAACCCUCAAACUGCUCGUAAUAUACUUCUAAAGGUAAAUUCUAAGUUGAUGGGUAUAAACCAAGUACUAGACAAUCGCAGCACGCCGCGAUGUUUGGCCGGCGGUGAUGUUAUGGUGGUGGGUGCUGACGUCACGCAUCCGUCGCCAGACCAGUCUUCCAUACCGAGUAUUGCUGCUGUGACAGCUUCAAUAGAUCCCCAAUGUUAUCAAUAUAAUAUAGAGCUUAGCAUACAAACUCCCAAGAAAGAGAUGAUUAUGCAGUUUGAAGACAUGAUGGUGGAUCAUCUGAAGGUGUACAAACAGCGGCAGAACAAGUUGCCUCGAAAGAUAUAUGUUUACCGCGACGGUGUUUCAGAAGGCCAGUUUGCUGAGGUGAUGGCUAGCGAACUUACUGCUGUGCAUAAUGCGUAUCAAAGGAUGACCGGAAAUCCAAAUAUGAAGCCCGAAGUAUUAUUUUUACUCGUUCAAAAACGACACCAUACCAGAAUGUUCGUACCAAACAGUAAGUACAACGUGGAACCUGGUACUGUUGUUGAUAAGGACAUUGUUCACGCGAGCGAACUGGACUUUUAUUUGGUUUCCCACCAAGCUAUAAAGGGAACGGCCCGUCCGACUCGCUACCACGCAGUGUGCAACGACGGCAUGAUCCCCUCCGACGAAGUGGAGCAAUUGACGUACUAUUUAUGUCAUUUGUACUCGCGCUGUAUGCGGGCCGUCUCGUACCCCACGCCGACUUAUUACGCGCAUUUGGCGUGUCUCCGUGCAAAAUCUCUUACUCACGGUGACAAGUAUGACAACAGUCAGUUAGAAAAACAACCAAAGCGUUUGCACGUAAUGGAUAGCAUCUUGCAGUUGAGCAGAAUGUUCUUCGUAUAAAUAAUCUUUGAAAAAAAAUAAUGUUUUCUCAAACAUACUUGGAAAUAUUAGCAUUAUUUUGACAAUCUUCUUUGAGAUAAAUCAAAAUUGCCGUACUGGCUAGAUACAUGCGGGCAGCGGCCGGCUAAAGUUGUAUGAAAAUCCAUAUCUGUCUUGUUUUGCGGCCAGAUAAAUUACUAUGUAUACUCAUAUCUGUCCUGUAAUUUAAAAAUGGAAUGACCUUUUACUUCGAAACAUGGCUACUAAGGAGAUAACUAAUAAAAUAAAUAAAUUUAAAUUUCGAACUGGUUUGCAAAUAGAAAGCUGUUUAUUGAAAAAAAAAAAACAAAGGAACAUUAUGGCGCGUGAAAAAUUAUUAUUGUUCGUUAGUCGUCAUUGAACUUAAAAAGUUAAAUUGUGUUUUUUAUUUCCGCGCAUUGUUUGAGAAAAGUACUAUACAAGCCUUGGCCACAACUAGCCAUUGAUGGAUUCACGUAUGUGUGCCUCGGCUACGUCUCGGCCCACAUUUGAAUGUUCGUUCAUCAAUGCUUCAGUUGCUGGCCGCUGCAGUAAUGUACUAUUAAACGAUUUUACUGUAGUAAAUGAGUUGCUUUUGAUUUCCUAGCAAUUCGUUUAUAUACCUAUAGAUUAAAAAUAAAACUGUAUUCUAUUUUAUAAUACAUUUUAUUGUGUAAUCAUUAAAAUAAUAAAUAUUUAGUAAUAUAACAUAACAUUGUAUGUUACUCAUAAUGUAUUUUUCUUUGUAAAGAAUAUGUUCGGUUCAAAAAUCAUAGCGCCGGCCAAAAGAAUGAAACUGCUUUGCUAAUCUAGAGCUCGAUUCUUCGACAAUAUCAAUUAUAAAGUUAAGAAUCGUUCAUACACAUUUUGUAAUGUCUAUGAUUAUAAAUUAUAUUCAAUAAAUAAUGUGUAUUGAGACUGCAAAAUAAUAUUUAUAUUUGUAUUGUUUAUGAUAAUGAUUUUGCAAAAUUAAUAAUAUACAACUUUGAUAAUAAUUACUCAUUGUACAAGUUAUAUUUUGUCGUUACGGCACCGUUAUGGAAUCGGGUUAUAUGAUCGACAUGUAUGCGGCACAUAAUUAUUUUUUUUUGACGGGCACUUUAAAUUUUGAACUUUGUGUCCUUGUUCGUUUUUCGUAUGUGAAUUUGUGAAAAUGAUGGGGGCACUUAAGAGAAAAUACAGAAUUUGUAAUUCCUAGUGAUCAUCGUUUCUAACCUUAAGAAAAAAGAUUCCUUUUUUUCUUAUCCUUAUGCUGUCGUUUAUAAUAUUUUUAUUCUAUUCAGUUUUUGUAAUCUUAUAAUUGAUUAACUUUUAAAAUAAGUAUAAAAUUGCAUUUUAAUAAUUAAAAACAAUAAUAAAUAAAAUAAAAAAAUAAUAAAAUAAUUAAAUAAUCCUUAAAAAAAAAGACUUGAUUAUUAUAGAUAUGUUUAAUUUGUAUAGUAAAAUAUGUUUGUUUAAAUUAAUUUAUUAUUUUAUGCUUUGACAUUGCUUUUUAUAUUUGUUUGUUUAGUCGUGUUUGUAUACCAUUUGUUUAUGGGUUUUAAAUUGAAAAUUGAGAUGUUAAAGAAGGUAUAAAUCCUUUUUUGUAUUUAUUAAAUCUAAAAAUUUUGAUAGAUCGCUAAGACCGCGCGGCCUUUUUGCCCUUAUAAUAUUCAUGUUAUUUAUAAUCAUUCAUCAUUCAUCUUUCUAUCCGCCGUGUGGUCCCGGCAUAGAAUAGGCCACCCCUUCCUAUCCCGUGGAUUUUGUAAGAGGCGACUAAGGGAGGGCGAGAGAUGGGCAGCAGCAUCUCUCUUAAAACAUCUCCAAAGCCUAACUGCUGUUACCAACCUGCCUGCCAAGUGUGCCAACUACUGGCAAAACCCCCCAAGGGGGAGAUUUAUGUUCAGCAGUGGAUAGUUCAAGUAAAAAAGUGGUAUGAUUAUCUUUCAAUCACAAAAACAAUAUUGUGAUGAAAUUCCAUGACUUGAAUGAUAUCUGUUAUGAAUUUCGUUAUAUUUUUAUGCUUGUUACAUGCCCUUCAAUCGGCGUAUUUUAAUAUUUUUUUUUUAUUUAGUGUUUAUUUUCAUUUUUAUUUCUACUUUUUUUUAAUAAUAAUAUAUAUUCUUUGACUGGUUCCUUAUAAUACAGGGUAUCUCAGAUUAGAACCAGGCGGUUGGUAGUUUGGUGAUUGUAUAGCAUUUUUUUUUGUUUUUUGUAAAUUCUUAAAAAUAAACUAAACCUACUUCAUAAACAUGGUGUAAGGAAGAAAAUUGAUUUCGUUUCGUGAUUGAGUUUGAACAUGUAGCUAAUUGGAAUUAAUUGCAUUUUGGAAGAUCGACUGAAAAUAUUGUUUCGUAGUUAGAUUUGUAUUAUUGCGUACUGCGCGGUUUCAGAGAUGUUUCCUCCCACGAACACUCAGGAUGUGGAAUGAGCUCCCUGCCGAGAUUUUCCCCAGAGACUACAGCAUGGGGUUCUUCAAAAGGGGAUAAAGAGGUUUUUUCAGGGUCGGCAACGCACGCGUAAUACCUCUGGUAUUGCAGGUGUUCAUAGGCUAUGGUAACCACUUGCCAUCAGGUGGGCCGUAUGCUUGUUUGCCACCUCAGUGGUAUAAAAAAAAAUUGUUAAACUAUCAAUUUCAAAAUUAUUAAAUAUGGUUAGGAAAAAUAACUUUGUUUUCAUAUUGCAAUUAAUGUGUUUAUUUUGAUUGUUAUAUCUAACCUGUUGUCCUACAAACUAAAUUACCGUAAGAGAAAUAUGGUAAAAAAAAAAAUUGUCAAAGACAAGCGUUUUGACCUAUUUUUAUCUAUAAAAAUACAUAAUUCGUUUUCGAGUUCAUAGAGAUAAAUAGUUUAGAUAUAGUUGUUAGGAUUUUUUACAUUGAUCACUAUUCCAUACUACAGAAAAUACCAUAAAAAGCUAUUACGGUAGUUUAGUGUUUGCAGGAUAGCCAUUUUAUAAAUUAAUAUCAAUGUCCCAGGUAAUAUAAUAAAUACUGUUCCAGGUAACAUUUUAUAAUUAAAUUUACCUAUAAAAUAAA